ACAAAAUCACAAAGCCCACAGAGCUAGUCUGUGAACUUGCCACGCUAAUUUGUGUGCCAUCUCAUCACCGAUAAUUCUUUUUCUAUUUUAAAUUCGUACAUCUACGUGCACGCAUUUAACUCGACCAUCAUGGCAGAAACAACUUUCACAGUCGCCUUGAAAUUCAUCUUAUUGAUAGUCGUAACCAUUUUCGCCUCUACUAUUGCGGAUAGUGAGAGUGAUACUAGCAGUUUUAAGCAUGACGCAAACCGUACAGGUGAUACUUACAACACUACUACUAGAACUAAAAGUGGUAUUGUCACCGAUUAUUAUGACAAAUCUGAAAAGGAUUCUGGUGAUAAAUAUAACAAGACUGAUGCAUUCACUAGUAAAGAUGGUAUUGCAACUGUUACAGUGCACUUCACAAGAUCGAAUAAAACGAUUUCAAAGAAUAACCACACUCAAGUAGCUGAUAAUUACGAUGGGACUGUUAGAAUCGAUCAGCUCUUAACAGAUAUAACUAAUAAUGUAACUGUCGCCAAUCAGACGAAUGUAAUUACAAAACCAUGUGGUACUGUUAAUAUUGAAGAGAUAACUAAAACUACAAACAAAACUGUGACUGUUAUCGACCACUCUGAUUCCAUGACAUAUACCGAUCGUGCUGCUUCUAUUAACGAAACACGCACUAUUAGAGAUCAUGUUACGACGACUACCAAUCAGACUGAUGUAACUACAGAUCUGAGCGGUUUUACUAUCGUUAAGCCUAGUGUUACGAUUACAAAUACUGAUGAGACUACUGUUUAUCAAACUGAUUCAACUAAAAACAAAGAUGGUACUGCUGAUAUAGAUCAAACUAUUACGACAACAAAAGAGGAUGGCACUACUGUUGAUCAUAUUGUUAAAAGGACAAGGCCCGAUGGUUCUACUUAUCUUGUUAGUAAUAUUUUCACUUAUGCGAACGGUAAUACUGUCGAUCGCACUAAAGUUCGGCCACAAAGACCUAAUCAACAGAGACCUAAUCAACAAAGACCUAAUCAACAAAGACCUAAUCAACAGAGACCUAAUCAACAGAGACCUAAUCAACGAACCUGCUCAAAAUAAUUUAAAGCAGUCGAAAAAAGUCGUCAUGAUACUCAGCUAUUCAGAAAUUUUGCAUCUAGCUUAAGUUAUUAACGAGACUUGAUAUUCAUUUUUAGAGAAACGUCUGAGAUUAUUUUUUUAACAGACCAUUGCUGAGGAAUUUAGCGGUAAAGUGAUCAGCCAUUCUCGUAAACAAAAUGGACAACUUAAAUUUUCGUAUGUACUGUUAGUAAAUAUUUGCAUGUAUUCUGACUUAUCAACUAUAACUGUUGUAUCAUUGGCGGUAAUAAAAUAUAUUUAUUAUAUUACUUUA